AUGGUGAAGAAAUCUAAAGGCGCGCUUGCCAAGGCAAAGCUCAAGCCGGAAGCGGAGGACGAUGAGGAGGAGGAGGAGGAGGAAGAGGCGAUGGCGAGCGAAGGAGAGGACAUGAGCGAUGAGGAGGCUGAGGGUGAGGAGGAGGAAGACGAGGAGGAUGAUGAAGAGGAGGGCAAUCUGAAGGUCUUCGUGGGAAACAUCCGCUGGUCCAAGGCGGGGCAAUCCUCCGGAAGAAGUUCGAAGCCUGCGGCGAGAUCGCAAGCAUCGAGACGCCGAAGAAGCUGGCCUUCCUCACCUUCAAGAGCCGCGAGGCUUUGGAGAAGGCCCUGA